AUGCCAGUAAGUGAAAAGGAAGAAGAUGAUCAUGAAAAGAGAGCAGAUCCGAAUGAUAACUGGGAAGAAGGUGGAAGAGGUGGCAGUGAUAGUGGUGUGGAAAAAUUGGCAGGUCCCUGGAAUAAAACAGCUCUGGCAAAAGCACCUCCUGCUCCAGUAAUUAUUGCAGCAACCCCAGAACCAGCCAUCACUAGCAGUGUGGACAGGCCUCCUGGGGCUGGAUUAACCACAACCAGGAAAACACCGCAAGCAGUGCCAGAGGUAAUACUGACACUGUUCCCAUCCCUGCAGUCCACUGCCAAGCUUGUAGAUAGCCAGAGCAGGUACUGA